UUUAGAAUUCGAUAAUGCUGACAUUCAAUUAAAAUUUUCUCACGAUUUCACAAAAUUAAUUAGAAAAUUUAAAUAAACUGCAAAGCUCAUUAAUUUGGCUUGUGAUCAUUGUUACGAGAUAUCAAAUUGGUCGGUAGUUUCAGACUCUGUGGUUUAUACAAGGAUUUCUACAAAGGUGGCGUUUUCCCUUCAAUAAAAUGGUCAAAAUGGUCAGUUUUUAUGAGUUGCUACUAGCUGUGUACCUGUGUCAAUGCAGUGAAGGUCAACCAUCUAGCAAUCGUUGGAUUCCAACAUGGGGAAACAUGCCGCAACUGACGGAACCUAAUAACCUUCCAUCGCCUCCGUUUAACGUAACUGGACGUGUGUUCGAAAAUGCAACUAUCCGCCAGACAAUUAGAACGUCAAUUGGUGGGAUCCGAAUCCGACUGCAAAUUUCCAAUGCAUUCGGUAUCUACGAUCUACCUAUAACAGCAGUCACCGUAGCUUUGCCUAGCAAUCAAGUUGCCGGUAUCAAUUCUAUUCAAACGCAAACAAUGAAGACGGUCACGUUUAGUGGUGACAAUAAAUUUACUAUACCACAAGGCGCUUUAGUAGUUUCUGAUCCUAUCGAUAUGUCGGUACAGCCUCAAUCAAUUUUGACAGUUACAAUGUAUUUGGCUGAAGGACAAGAAAGUAACUACAUUACUUCGCACCCUGGUAGUAGAACGACGUCUUGGUGGACAAACGGAAACCAGGUUUCUGCUACUUCAUUGACAGGGCCGACACUUGCUAGUGCUGCACAUUGGUAUUUCCUGUCGUCAGUAGAAGUGUUAGUCCCUUCAUUGUCUCAAACUUUUGUCAUCGUCGGCGACAGCAUCACCGAUGGUAGAGGAAGUGAUACAGACGGAAACAACAGAUGGCCAGAUCUCCUUCUCGACCGAAUGCAGAUGAACGACGAUACUUCUAAUAUUGCAGUAAUCAACAAGGCAGCAGGAGGAAACCGCAUAUUGUACGAUGGUUUAGGUCCUAAUGUCCUGUCACGAAUCGACAGUGAUGUACUCGCACAGCCUGGUCUCUCCUAUGUCAUGAUUUUUGAAGGUGUAAAUGACAUUGGUACCACUGCCACUGACAUUGCGUCCCAACAGAACGUUGGAGACCGCAUAAUUGCUGCCUACAAGCAAAUUCUUCUUCGCGUACAUGCAUUUAAUGUGCCUGUUUUUGCCGGAACGAUUACACCAUUCAGUGCUCCAAAUGGGAAUGUUACACUGCAAGCGUAUACCGAUCCCAAUCGAGAAGCAACGAGACAGCGAGUCAACAAAUGGAUUCGUGAAAGUGACGCUUUCCAUGAAGUGAUUGAUUUUGAUGUAAUACUGCGGAAUGCAACUCAUCCGGAUCAGCUGGCGGAUUUGUACAAUACAGGAGACUAUUUGCAUCCGAAUGUCAAUGGAUAUCAGAAAAUGGCUGACGAAUUUCCGUUACAUAUUUUCAAACGCAGUGCUGGAAGCUGUGCGAAAAGUGGAAUCCAAAAAAUAUUGCUGAUUCUGGGACUUUCAGUUGCAUAUUCGGGUUCCACCUUAAGCUAAUCGUUUAACUAUUGGAAUUGGAUUUUCAUUUUUGUAGCGGAUCACCUUGGGCACGGGUAAAUCAUCCCCGUAUCCAUUUGCCAUCAUUUCACUAAAUAUUCGCCAUAAUUCGCAUGUUGUACAUAAUAAUUCCUGAAAUAAACACCAAACACAAUCUACAAAAGAACUGA